AUGGUGAAAGAUAAGAAGCUUUAUGAUUUACUUGGAGUUGAGCCCAAUGCGAGCGAAGCAGAGAUCAAAAAAGGUUAUAGAAAACAAGCGUUGAAAUUUCAUCCUGAUAAACCAACAGGUAAUACGGAAAAAUUCAAGGAAAUAUCUGAGGCGUUUGAUAUAUUGUCCAAUGCCGACAAGAGAGAAGUCUAUGACAAUUACGGUUUAGAGGCCGCAAGGGGAAAUGUUCCAGCGGAAGAUCCUGGACAUCCCUUUGGAGCAGGUGGUGGUGCUGGCCAAGCUGGAGGAUUUGGCGGAUUUGGAAGAGGUGGUACAUUCCGCACUUCAGGCGGCUCGGGAUUUUCGCAAGCAGAUGCAUUCAAUAUUUUUUCGCAAAUGGGCGGAUUUGGCAUGGGAGACGAUGGGUUCACAUUCAGUCUGAGUAGUGGUGGUGCAGGUGGAUCUCCAUUUGGCGGGGCAGGUGCAUCUCCGUUUGGUGGUGGUGGUUUUAGAACGGCAGGUGGUGGUGGUAUGCCAGGUGGUUUUGGUGGUGGUGCACAGCGUCAAAGACAAGAACCGGCAACCGUGUCGAUACCCUUGCCUGUGUCAUUAGAGGACUUGUAUAGUGGUGCCACAAAGAAAAUGAAAAUCACAAGGAAAGACGCCAACGGAACAAGGGAACAGAAAGUAUUGGAAGUUAAUAUAAAACCAGGUUGGAAAUCAGGCACUAAAGUUAACUUUGCAAAUGAAGGAGACUACCAGCCCGAACUUGGGGCAAGACAAACCAUACAGUUUGUUAUUGAGGAAAAACCAAAUCCCACAUUUAAAAGAGAUGGCAAUAACAUCAAAAUGAAUGUUCAUUUAUCGUUUAAGGAAUCACUUUGCGGAUUUGAAAAAGAUGUAACGACAAUAGAUGGUAGGAGAAUUCCAUUGAGUAGAUCGAAUCCCGUACAACCCAACACUACUACAACAUACCCUGGUUUGGGAAUGCCAAUAAGUAAGAACCCAGGGCAAAGAGGCGAUUUGGAAAUAACUUAUAAAGUUGAUUAUCCAACUUCUUUAACACCGGCUCAGAAACAAGUAAUACAACAGAACUUUUAG